AUGCAUCCACUAAAGAACCUAGACACUCAUAUUUUUUCUGGGGACUUCCACACUCUAGACUCCUGCCACACAGGCAAGGCACCUUUGGCCAGUCCUGUGGAAAACCGGAUGUAUCGGAGCGUGGAGAACCUUCAUUGGGCAACAGUUGCUGACUCUGGGCUUUAUUCUCACUGCCGGAGCCUGGAUAACGAGAUCAUCUUUCGCUAUAGAGGCACCAGUCAGUGGACAGAAGGCUGUGUGGAUGUGGCCCCAGUACAGAGCACAUCGGACUCUCUGAGAAAUCUUUCUUUCCAUGCUAAAGAGACAUCUCGAUCAGCACAGAAUGCACUUCUCCCUCCCUUUGCCAAAGUGCCUCAGUGGCUUUUCCCUUCUGCAGAGGAGAGAGCCCUACAUGGGGAUGCCAAAAAAGAGCUGAAGGAGAAGCUGAGGCUGCACAGCAGUAAGGUGGCAGAACCCUGCAAGCCAGUGCGUCCACAGGCAGCCCUGCCUGACCUGAUGGCCCAGGAUGUUUUGGUGGAACACACUGCCCUCAAGCACAGCCUCACAGGGAGGCAAAGACUGUGUUUUGCACACAGGAUCAUCAGUCCAGAAGACAUCAAGCAGGAGGCUCAGAGGAGGCUUCAGCUCCAAAGGCAGAAUAGCUCUCCCAAUUUGCCCCUUCAGCAUGCCAGGGAAAGCCAUGAGAUGGCCAAAUCUAGAACAGCAGAAAUCCUGGAACAAUAUAGUGGGGAAACAGAUAUCAAAGCCACAUUGGGACAGAGCAAGAAAGGCCGCUGCAAAGGGAGGCUCUACAUACCCACGUUUGAGGAAUUCAAACAAAUGAGAAGUAAGGAGGCAAAUUCAUCUGCCAGCAGCAGUGGGCCAACAGAGUGCUUGAAUAAGGGUCUGCCUGCAAACCAGACCCUGGAGGAGGAGAACAAUAAGAACAUCUGUCCAGAAGCUCUGGGGACCAAAGCUGUGAAUGAAGCUGCUGUCACAGCAGAGGAUGACGAUGAUGUGUUCCAUGAAAACUACACCUCUGCUGGCUUUUCCCAAUAUCCAGCCACAUGGGAUGGUUUCAGAAUGAGCAGCCCUGAGGUGAAGGACAGAACCUUCCAGAUCUCCAGCCCGGAUAGAUCCCUGGUCCCCGUUUGCUCUAGCCCUAUUCCACGAUCACCUUUGCAGGCAGUAGCAAUACACAGACCUGGGCAGGAGAUCUUCAGUGAUGAGCAGCAGAAAGGAGAGACAAGACAAUUAAAUGAUGUCCUCCACCUUGCAGGGCAGUCGCUGGCUUCUGAAGCCCAGUCCUCUUGCUGUUCAUCGCUGCUGUUAGAAGCCACAGACUUAUCAAGCUAUGGAGCUAAGCUACAAAAAAUGAAGGAUGAAUUCAUAGGUUCAGCCCUGGAACUUAUUAAGAAAAGCUGCAAUGCUGAGACAGCUGCCAAAUCCCCCUCCAAGGGACGAUGUGAUGUGAGGAAAGCUGAUCUCCCACCUCCAGAGGACAGCCAGCAGCCCACAGCGAUGUCCAUGGCAACAGAGACCUGGGAGGACAAGCCAAGCAAUGAGACAUCCAGCGACACUGCACCUGCAGGGAAUACCCCCAGUCCUGGCUGCCGCCGAUCCAGCUCCGACAUCGUCCAUGAGAGCACGGAUGGUGCCAAGGCCCAGCGGGAGUGUCGGCUGCGGCCGCACUUCAGUGACCCUAUGCCGACAGACUCGGUGAAGAGGAAGCAGCUGGAGCUGAAGAUUGCAGCUGCAGCACGCCAGCACGCACAGAAGCGCCGGCAGGAGCGAGACUAUGGUACCCACAUUCUGCACACUCAGAGGGGCUUUGAUGAGACCCGCCGCGCCCCACGUGGCUCCCUCCGCUCCAGACGUCAUUGGAGCAAUGUCAGCAGCCUGAGCACGGACAGUGGGGUUGUUGGCAUGAACGAUGUCCGGGAUGACCUGGAUCCCAGCGAGGCCAACCGGACCAAGUCAGCAGACGUGGAGAGGGCAGAUAGUGGCAUUGGCCAGAUGCCAGCCAGAAAGUGGAGGAACAGGGCGUCUGAAACGCUGAGCUCCCUGCAAGCCUGGGAAGCCCACCGUCCCUGCACUGACUGUGGAGAAAGGGACCUCCCGAGGCGGGCUGACCUCUGCGAGAAGUGCCGCAAGCGCAGGACAGAGCGCAAGGAGUCUGUGCUGGAGUUUGUCAACACGGAGGCCAGCUACGGAGAGGACCUGCGCAUCAUCAAAGAGGAGUUCUACCUCCCCAUGCAGGCAGCUGGUCUACUGAGCCAGGAGCAGCUCCUGGGCAUCUUCAGCAACAUCCAGGAGCUCAUUGACCUCAACGAGAACUUCCUGGAAGUACUUCAGGAAGAGAUUGAUCAGGCCUUUGACCAGGGUGAUGAUGACCUGAUGACCGUGUGCAUCGGCGAAAUAUUUCUAGAGUUCGUCAACAUGCUGCCAGCCUUUCAGACCUACUGUCUUCAGCAGUCCUCCUCUGUAAAUAUGCUCAACGCGCUGGAGAAGGAGAAAGAGUUGCUGAGAAUAUUCCUCAACGUCUCCCAGAAUGACAACACAGCACUGCGGCGGAUGAACUUGAGGUCCUUCCUGAUGGCCCCUUUGCAAAGAGUCACCAAGUACCCACUGCUGCUCAGCAGAAUCAUCAAGGCCACCACCGAGUACCACCCAGAUCAUGGCAGCCUGCGGGAGGCCAAGAGCCGCAUCGAGUCCCACCUGGAGCACAUCAACAUGAAAACCAAGCAGGAGGGGAACACGUGGACCCUCCGCUCCUUUCGCCAGGACAGCAAGAAGAAGAGGGAAGUCAUCAACAUCGAGAUGAGAGAAACCGCCCUCAAAACUGUAGGUUGGCUGCGGGAGGAAACACGAUUUGUGAUGGAGGGGUCUCUGCAGCUGGCCCAGCCCCCUGAUGGCCAGUGGGUGAAGAAAGGCAGCAAGACUCUCAAGUUCCAGAACAUGCAGGUCCUCCUCCUGGUGAACAUGAAGCGUGUGUCCGAGUCCAGCCUGGAGUCAGCCGAGCCAGGGCCUGUGAAGGAUGCUGUGCUGGUACUCAUCAGGGACAAAAAUAACGGGAAGUUCCAUUUGCUCAGGGAGCCUUUGAGGCUGAGUAAUUGCAUCGUCUCCACGGAUCCUGACUGUGAUGACACCUUUGAACUCAUUGAGAUCAGGCGGGAGGCGUUUGUGUUCCGGGACAGCGACCAGGCACGGACUCACCACUGGUUCAGGCAGAUCAGGCGGUACUCAAGGGAGCUGGGCUCCUGGAAGAAGCGGCGAAACGCGCUACCCAACAUCAUGAUCAGCACCCCUCACACCAGGCCCUGA